AGGGACUACUGCAUUAGGGACAGCGCAACACCUGUCGUUGUCUGACUACACAAGUCACGGCCUAGUACUCUACUGUUCCAGACCGUGGUCAACUCCCAAUUCAGUCACUAAUCUGGUUCGGCACCUCUCGGUGCCACGCGAGCUGUAAAUAAUCUUUACUCCAUCCCAAACGACCACACCAAUAGCAAUACCAUCAGACCUCUCGUCUCGAAGCUGAACUUCACUGUUUUGAGGCUGAGCAAUGACAAGAUGAUGACAUCCUAUGAGAUAUCUGGCCCCCAAAUGGCUCAUAAAUACGAAGCCAGUAGCUGCAAAGAGAUAGAAAUUCAGACUGCCUCCAGCUGUCGAUACGGAGUUACCUUGGCUGACUAGGUGUUGCUUUAUCAUGGCGACCAACUUCACCUUCGUGCAUGUGUCGGAUCCAGCGACCAAUCCCAAGCCUGAGGAAAGCCAACAGAUCCGUAGCCGGUGCAUGCAGGGCAAGAACAAUCGUGAGGACUCCCACCGCUCGAUACGUGAGAGGAAACGACGCGAGAAACAGGCAAUGGAGGAUAUGCAGGUGGUCCAGACAUCCAUGCGGCCUCCGACUCCCAUGCUGUCCGCAGAUACUUUGAUAAGCGAUCUCUCGCUCGUGCGCUUUGCGGGACCUGAUAUAGAUGCUGAGGCCAAGGGCAUCCUCGCCUACAACCUUGUUAACCACUCCGUCUUCGCCCUCGAUCGCGCAGUCGACUUCUGCAUGCUUGAACACGCAUCCUUCACCUUUCUUUUCCACGACCCCGCCUUCCUGGACUCCAUUCUGACCGCCUCGAACGCUGCGUCCGACCUCCGCCCUACCUGGGACGGCAAGCCCAGCCCCAAGACACUGCUCCACCUGCGCACCACGCUGCACCUCCUCCGGGAGAAGAUGAGCGCAAAACCCUCCGUCCACGAAGACGAGUCCAUUCUCGUCGUCAUCAAUCUCGCCUUGCUCUCCGCCAUCAUCGGCGACUGGCCCGCCGCAGCAUCACACUUGUACGAUACUCCCCGGUAUGAAGUCGCUAUGUCUACGACAUACACUUCGCAUCCUGCUCCACCGUUUCGACUUGAGUGACUUCGUACUCAGUAUAGCAAGGGUCUCCAGAAAAUCAUAGAGCUGAAGCGCAACCUCACCUUCGUCCUGUCACGCCCAAAACUGUACUUUAAACUCGACCGCCUCGACCUCGCGUACUCGCUCU